AUGUAUGUACAUUGGCAAAUCCUAAAAGUCUUUUGGAAGGUAGCUAAUGCAUCAGUAUCUAAUGUAGAAUUCCAAGCUUAAUUCUAAUUUUAAGCCUAACAAAUCUCACAGCCAGUCAUUAGAUUGCAACUUCCACAGUGCUCACCACAAUCUAAAAGGCAUUUUGAAGGAGAUAAAGACCAUCAUUGCACCGAUUGCAAGAAACAAAGAAAGUGUUCAAUGUUCCAUUUUUUACAAUAGUUUCAAAGCAUUGUGUACAUCCAAAUAUUUAAUCAGUGCAUUCUAAUUAAAAAUUAAUGGAGAAAGUUUAAUAUUGAUAAAGCCUUACUCAAGCAAGAAUUAGUUUGA